GCCUUGAGCGUUCCAGCGAUCACGAAUUCGUGAUGCUCCGUACACUUUAAUCAUUAAUUUUUUAAGUGCGCCGGUUGAGAGGCGCCAUCUCAUGGAAGACACAAGCUUACAGCUCGAACGAAACCCGUGGGAACGUCGUCACUUAUUCGUUCACAAUAACGAUGACGAAUUCUCCCGUCACUUCUCCGAAACGAGACACUACUCGUUCCGCCAAAGCAAACCACCACCCACACACCACCCCAUAUAUAUAGAGCGACUUCCUCAAAGUUUGUCCACCAUCCAUUUACAAGGAACCACGAGAACAAGGGUGCUGCCUCAGGUUUUUGAAGACGAAGAGAACAACGGAAUAACACUCAACGACGGCGAUGGACACAGCAGGAGGGAACAAAACGACGAAGAAAAGAAGCGGUUUCAAUUACAUCGGAGAUUUUAAGGAGUAUUUCCGUCGGACAUACACUGCCCUCUUUAAAGAAAUGUCAGACUACGGAAGGGCAUCAAUUCUCCAAAAAAAACUCGAGCGCAGUGAUGUCCACAAGUACCUCGAUGAGGUUCGGCAUUCCAUUUUAUUCCUUGGACAAAUCCACAAACCCACCGUAAACCCUGCAGACAUGCCUGUACUUGAGACAUUCAGACGCUCGUCAGCAACCCCGGAUGCAUUCAAAACCCACGUGCCAAGGACAACACCAUACUCGAUUCUGCUAGAGAUGGUCGUGCGUGCUGAAGGUCCUGGAAACAGCAAUGCCAUCAAGACGACUCUGGAGGGCCUUGCUGAAAGAAUUCUGAAGCCUUAUUCCCCAACGAAGCCAAAACUGCCUUUUUUUGCCACUGUAGUAUCACAAAGUUGUUUCUGUGAUGAAGAGCAAGGCGACGACAUUAUAAAUGCCCCACCGAUGCCUUUCUGGGGAGCCUCCUUGAGCUCUUCAGGAAAAGAAGCGUCAAAAAUAAUGUUGGCCCUCAACUGCCUGUUUAACUGGCAUCCACUCGUAGCACAAGCUGUCACAUUCGCACGAAACAACCCAGAUGCAAGUGGCAUUUUAAAAUUCCCUCCAACGGUGACCUCCAAGGCCUACAAGCACAACGACUUGAAUCUGAAACUUGACGAGUGCCCACCGUGUUCUAGAUGCGUGACACUCUUCACGAGUUGCACAUUCAUGCCUUGUCCGGAGACAAUGGUAGAAAAUAUACAAAAAGUAUACUGGGAGUUUGGCAAUUGUGCAGAAACUGAAGCAAUCAGUAAUCUUUUAAAGGGUAAUACUUACCUUGCACGUAAAGUUGAAGGUACCAAUGACUACAUCCAUAUGGAAUCCGAGAGAACUGCUGAAGCUAACCAAUGGUUGAAUAUAUGUAAAUGGCCAGGUGGACUGGAGGUAUUCAUUCCAUCUGGCCCACGUACACCUCAAGCGUCAUCAUAGGUCAGGAAUAGUUUCCUAUCACGUGCCUACUCCUCGAUCCAAGGGCAAAUCUUGAGACCACUAUGAAUUCGCCACAAUUGGUUGGAACAAAAACAAAAUACACUCACGCUGCCGGCUCAAAAUCUUUACUGCUGCUUCCUGGUGAAAGUACUGCAGUCCAUAGUCCUCUAUUCCAGCAGGGCCUCUUCAGGAUUCUUGGCCAAUACACCAGAUCUACUAAAUCUCGCUGCGUCAGGGCAUGGGAGCUCAUGAACUAUGGCAGCCGCAUCAGAGUCAGCUACUCCCCCUGCUUCUGCUGUACAACCAAGCGCCAUGGCGCAACAUCUGGCGCAUAACUGCGAUCCAUCAAAUAUUUAAAUAUGUACACGUCUCACAAAUCCUGGAAGGCAAUAAUGGCUGGGUUCAGUGCCUGGUGCUGUGCAAUAACGUGUGCUUCCAAAUGCAAUAAGUCCAGGUAGACAUGUCAGGGCACAUCAACAUUAUGUUUAACAUAAGAGAAAAGCCAUAAUCAUAUUCGCUAUGAAAUAUUCGCCCCCCCCCCCCCAUUGAUAUGGCAAUGGGGGGGGGGGCAAUCCAUUAUUCUGUUCAAGGCAUCUCUCAUUGGUUCAGUGAAAGGCUUUAGUGUCCAACUUAUCCUGAAAAUCAUAGCACUCAUCAAUGGGAUUACCAAACACUAGUGGGGUUUUCCUGGAUAAAGGGUGUUAUAUUCACAAGUGGCAGUAUUCAUAAUUUAUAUAAAAAAAGGUGUUUGUCGUCGCAGUACGGGAAUAACUUUACACUUAGCUGUUGUUCUCUUCAUAGCAUCGGCUCUGACAAUGGUGCCUUUCACAGUAUAGGUUGGUGCUGAUUGUCGCAAGCAUUUGAUUGUUAAAAUGUACCCUCCCAAUGGUUUAUAAGAAAUACAAUGUGUGUGUUUUUUUUAAAAUGUGUAAUUAGAUAAUAUUUUUUAAUAACCGAUAAGAAAGUUAUCAAGUGAAAAAAUAUUGUGAUGACAAUGUUUAAUGGUGGUGGUAUAUGGUUUUUAAGCGUUUGUAUAUAUUGUACGUUUUAUAUAUAACUAGUUAAAUGAUCCGGCUUCGUACGGGUCUCGGUAAUCAAAUGUUAAGAGCAUGCUAUCUUUCUUGGAAUAAUUGAAUGCUGCAAAUGAAAUCGGUCAAUGUGUGUAUUUUACUAUGUUUUUUGGUUGUGUGAUACAGUCACAGGGCGUAUUUGUUUUAUAUGAGGACAGCUUUUAAAUUUGUAACUCUUGGAGAGGAUAGAAAAUGUUGUAUGUAUUGUCAUCUGGUGGGUUUAAUCGAAUGAAUUGUGGCGUACAAGUCGACAGCGAAUUGGUGGUAGAUCUCUUUGCAUCGCAAGAAGAGAUUGAAGCUGCCAUUUCGCAACAUGAUCCUGAAGGCAUAGAAGUCAAUGGAGGAAAUCGUCUUUUAUAUAUAACGGAUAGUGAGGUGCUAAUUCCAUGAAUAAAGGGUCAUGAUGGAGAAUUUGGGGAAAAUAUAUUUUUUAAAGACAGUUUUAACUGUAAGCGUUUAGCAGAUGACACCCUGGGCCAGCUGACUUCACUGAAAUCUUUUGGGAAAAAUUCCUGUGCUUUACCUUAUGCCCUAUCUGCGGUCGGUGGUGGCAACAACUAUAAAGCAUAAAGCCCACCAAGCCAAUGGUCAGGGCCCCGAGUGGCUGGAGGCGAUUCGUGAAACAUUUGGGAAUGCGUCAACCAUCGGCUCAAAUUUGAGUCGCACAUUAUAAGUCAAAAGAAAAGGGCAAAUCAAUGUCAUCUAUGUCUGGCGUGCAUCUCUAUUCUAAAUCUCAUUGCGUAUGUAACGAGUGGCUCCGACGCGGUAUGAACUUGAAUCGUUUAUGAAUAAAUCGUCGGAACAGUUGGUUGUCUCUCGUCUCUUCUCACUCGCACUACGGACGCACGCCGCCUAAGCGGCUUCGCUGCCCCUAGCCACGUGGCGCUCACCCCACUCUCUAGCACGCCGCUGGCUGACGGCGCGCUAGGGAGCGGUUGAGCGGCUGAAGGACGCGCCGCCACGUGGCCGCGUCACCAACCAUAACAAAUAAUGGAUAAUACCGUUCAGUCAAUGAAUGGACUGCGUCGGCUAAUUGAAGCAAUUGGCGGGACCCCGGGGUUCCAUCGCUGCCCCGGGGUAGGACAAACCCGCGUAGCGACACGAGUCUUGUCGCCUUACCGACAACAACAAAACU